AUGGCCAACCUCUUGUUUCUUGCUUUCGGCCCGUCACUUUGGCUGCAGAGCGCCGUCCGUGAACCGAACACUGUUCUCGAGUCCAUCCGUCGCGCUUCCAGAGCCCGAGUAAAGACGCGAAAGCGCCGACAGCACGGCAACAAGCGGUCAUCUCCGCAAGCUCCCGUCAUCUCGCGGGCCCCGACAACUACCGUGCGCUGGUGGUGCAUGUGA